GCUCUGCGUCUCUGUGUUAUAUAGGUGAGUCUUGAUUAGCAUAUCAACCAAAUGGCAAAGUUUUCACACUCCCUCCCUUUCCUUCAGUCUCCAUAAGGACCACACUCUUGUCCUUUGCAUACUGUUUAAACAAGCAAACACACACACUCACAGGCACACGCAUGCAAAUAUCUACGAAGACAAACAAAAUUCUCACACACUCGGGAUUAACAAAACAAACAAACCUAAAAAAAAAAUACACAAUAUGGAGCAAUUAAUUCUAUACAGUUAGGUUAGACUUCAAGUGUGUUCCAUAAUCGGGGUUAUAUAGUCGUGUGUAGAUUAAGCUUCAGCUCAUAAUUCUUAUUGAUAUCAUGCUGAGUGAGAAGUUCUGCUGAAAAUGGAAUAGUUGAUGAGUACAGGGUUUAAAACGUGUCUUAGACUUUCUUUGUUCGUCUCCAUAAAUCUGUAAGAAGUGAGCAGGUGUCAAAGUGGGAACUGUCAUCUUUAAUAUUUUGCUUCACAGCUUUGUUUCAGACUAAACAAAUCAACCAAACCUUUCAAAACUCGAAAACAUUGAGGCCUACAAACGUUUAUUGAAAUCUAAUUGAAACGUGUUACGCAAGUAGAAAUUUUCAGGAAAUAAAAUUUAAAAAUCUCUACGGCUUCAUUGGACAAGCGAAUUGUUUUUGUUGACAUUCACAAAAAACCAAGCAAGUGUAAUAUUUGAACUGCAGGUUUAGGGUCAUUAAAUUCAUUUGUACUGAGGAUUACAAUGCUAUAAGUCACUGUUGUUGGUUGAAUUUAUCAGAAUAUGUUUAAAAAGUCAAGUACAAGGUGGUCAGGAAAUCUUUUACCAGAAUACAGGAUAUGAAACAGUAUCAGAUAUCUCACACUCCGAAUUUGAACAUUAUUUUUUUUUUUUACUUUAUCUAUACUUCUCCGUCCCUCCGACGGAGGUGAAGAGGGCAGGGGUUUCGGUUGGAAGCAUGUGGCACAAUUUGGUCUUAUUGCUGCAGUUUGGUCUUCUAGGUAAACAUUGCAGCUCAGACACCAUGCAUCCUCAUGUGACUGAAACAGCCUUACAAUAACACUGAGCCUCGGAAUAACAACCCACGAGGUGCUGGAAGAAAUAACGACUUCCCACAGCCAUGAAAAGCCUUUAAUAGUGUUUAGUCAGGUGAAUAGUGUGGAGUGUAUUGUUAGACAUUUUAGUUUUAUUCUCCUGAGAUAUAACAAAUACAGGACUCCCUAAUGAACAAGCCAAAGGUGAAACUCACUCACUCACUUUCUACCGCUUUAACUGAACUACCUCGGGUCACGGGGAGCCUGUGCCUAUCUCAGGCGUCAUCGGGCAUCAAGGCAGGAUACACCCUGGACGGAGUGCCAACCCAUCGCAGGGCACACACACACUCUCAUUCACUCACGCAAUCACACACUACGGACAAUUUUCCAGAGAUGACAAUCAUCCUACCAUGCAUGUCUUUGGACCGGGGGAGGAAACCCGGAGUACCCGGAGGAAACCCCCGAGGCACGGGGAGAACAUGCAAACUCCACACACACAAGGCGGAGGCGGGAAUCGAACCCCCAACCCUGGAGGUGUGAGGCGAACGUGCUAACCACUAAGCCACCGCGCCCCCCACCCAAAGGUGAAACUAAUAAUUCUAUUCUAUUUGUAUAGCGAUUUUAACAAUGGACAUUGUCUCAAAGCAGCUUUACAGAACAUAAGAUACUGUAUAUAGUACAAAAAGUUCCAGAUUAAUAUCAGACUUAUAUUCAAAUGUGUUUUGGAUUGAUCUCUAAUGAACAAGUCGGGUGACGGUGACGGUGGUGAGGAGAAACUCCCUUAGAUAGAAGAGGAAGAAACCUUGAGAGGAACCAGACACAAAAAGGAACCUCAUCCUCAUUUGGGUGAUACUGGAGGGUGUGAUUAUAAACUGUUAUAAACAACAGAGUGUGUUAUUAUGAAUAAUGUCCUUUCUACAUUCAGAUACAGAUAAUCUUCUUCUUCAACUCAAACAACACUAUAUGUGUUGAAAGAAUGUGACGACCUUGACUAGGAAGUCUAAACCUCCACCUCAGGAAGAUCUCCUCUAGAUGAACUUCUCUCUCUCCAUGUCCACAGGCUCCACAUUUUCCGUGUUGUUGUAGUUGUUGUUUUUAUUUGCUGCUUGACGGGGGGUUUAAUGAAAGACAAACUGGGAGAGAGAGGAAAUUGAGGUGUGAAUGCUCCGCCUCCUAAAGUUUGUCUCACAGCCUUAAGGUCAAUACAUACCCAAGAGUGUGUGUGUGUGUGUGUGUGUAAGGGAGUGUGGGAUCAGAGAUUGUUAAGUGUAAUGACCUUUAAUGUGUUUACGAGUGGACAGGUGUGUUGCUCUAGAACCAGUAGCAGUACAAGACACACUUCCAUGAUAUUAUUGGUAAUGAGUGUGUGUGUGUGUGUGUGUGUGUUUCCUAUGCUGGAACAGUGAACCGUACUAAAUGCACUUAACACACCAUUUGUAACACAUGAGUGCUAAAUACCUGUUAAUCCCAUUCAAAUAUAUUGUUUUAAGUCAAAAUCCAGACUGUCUGAGGAAGUCCUUUUAAGGUCGAGCUGGAAUACACCAUAAUUGUGUAACUGUGGUAAGCAGAUUUGUGGUGUCCGUUGUGAUCCACAGCGCUUAACCCUGACACCAAGACGUGUGCAAUAGUGUACACUUUUAGAAAGAGGAUAUCCCAGACGUCUUAUGAAGAGGUCAACUGUCCAUGUGACGUCUGGUGGAAAACAGAUGGUUUGUGGUUGUGUCUUUCAGGAUUUUCUCUUUGUUGUUGUAUUUAUUUCACUUCACGCUCCAUUAGACACCAUUUUCACAUACUCUGUAAUUGUGUUAGAAGUGUUUAAGUUGUGUCAUACCCUCACAUGGUUGUGUCAUACACUCACAUGGUCCCUCACAUGGAAACUCAGGUCAUGUAUGAACAACAUGAUCAGAUUCAGAGUCCGGGACAGAUAAAUAGAUCUGCUGCACAGUUGAGGAAUCGUUUCAUCGCACCAUGGAGGCCGAGGUUGGGGUCGCGGUGCUGGUUGUGUUUGUAGUAUUUUACAUCUCAUGCUCUGUGUAUCUGCUGCGUAACCCAGCUGUUCUCCACAAGAAGAAACGUUUAGCCUUUUACAGCAGACACAUCUCUCACAGAGGGGGUGCUGGUGAAAGGAUAGAAAACACCAUGGAGGCUUUUAUGCAUGCGGUGGACGUGGGAACCCAGAUGCUGGAACUGGACUGUCAUUUAACUCGAGAUGGUUAUGUCGUUGUGUGUCAUGACAAAAACCUCGAAAGACAGACCGGAUCUGACCUGGACAUCUCUUUGGUUCAAUUUCAGGACCUGCCUCUCUAUAGGGAGAAGAUUGAGGUCACCUUCAGUGUUGGGCAAAACAGUACAGGACGAGACCGAAGAAUCGCGCUACUGGAGGAUGUCUUCAAAAAAUUCCCCCAAAUGCCAAUCAACAUCGAGGUUAAACAAAACAACGACCUGCUAAUUCGAAAGGUGUCCUUCCUGGUGAAAAAGUACAACAGGGACAGCAUCACUGUCUGGGCUACGGAAGACUCUCACAUCAUGGCAAAAUGCAGGAAACAGAAUCCCUUCAUGCCAUACAGCUUCACCAUUAGACGAGGAAUCCUUCUUCUAGCACUUUACUACACUGGCCUUCUGCCCUUCUGCCCUCUGGGAGAAAGUCUACUCCAGUUCUACCUGCCCAGAGUAAUCAACAGGAGUUACAUUCCUGAGGAGUCUUUCCUUAAGAGAAAAUUUGUGGUCUCUCUUAUUGAAAACCUGACUAUGAGAAAGUCUUUGUUUGAGCACUUGGUGAAGCGAGGCAUGCAGGUGCAGUUGUUCGUGUGCAACAAUGAGGAGGAUAUUGCUGCGGCUUUCGCGGUCGGCGCUACAGGAGUGAUGUCUGAUUAUCCCACCGUACUGUCAGAGUACCUACAAAAACAUCCUCCUGUUUAAAGUUUGUGACAA